GAAGAGCCUGCAAAUAACGAAUAUUGCAUUGGCAUUGUACUAUGACGCACGGAAAUGACUGGUGAAUUAAUUAAUUGCAAAUGUCGCUGUGGGCACGCGCCUAAACGCGGGGUCGCAGGGUAUGGUGGAGGGGAAACCACUGCGCCUCUAAGAUCUGGACUCUAUCAGUGUCACAACUUUUUAUCAUCGCUACUAUUUUCAAUUAUCGUCACAAAUGGCCUUCCAAUCGAAAGCGCUAGUCUGCCGUGGUCCAUUUUCACAGGGCAAAUGGGCCAUUGAACCCGUGCAACUACGUGAACUACGCGAUGACGAAGUGCUUGUCGAAAUGGUAGCGUCCGGUAUCUGCCAUACCGAUCUUCACUGCGGAAAUACCAACUUUGAGAAGAAUGUGCCUGGAGUGUACUAUCCCCGCGUACUGGGUCACGAAGGAUCUGGAUACGUUGUCCAGACAGGAAGCAGCAUCACGCAUGUACAGCCUGGUGACCCUGUUCUUCUUUCGUAUUCCUACUGUGGCGAGUGCUACGUCUGCAAAGAGGGUCUUCGAUCGCACUGCAUCCGCUUUUUCGACAUCAACUUUAUUGGCGAACCUGUCUUUGAAGGUGGCAUUGGUGGACGAUUCUUUGGCCAGUCGAGCUUCGCCAAGCACUCUGUCGUCAGCGGCAAGUCUGUUGUCAAUGUCAAAAGUGCCGAUCUGACCAGAGACGAUCUCAAGCUACUGGCGCCGCUUGGUUGCGGACUACAAACGGGCAGCGGCACAGUUGUAAAAGUCGCCAAAGCUGGUGUAGACGACUGCAUAGUGAUAUCCGGUAUGGGAGGCGUUGGCUUAGCUGCCGUCAUUGCGGCCAAGAAUAUCGGCUGCAAGGCGAUUAUCGGAAUCGAUAGACUAGACUCGAGGCUUGAUCUGGCCAAGACACUUGGAGCGACGCAUGUGAUUAAUACGACCGGCUUGGAAAUGUCGGAUACUGUAGCUCGCAUUCGAGAGGCGGCGGAAGGAAUAGGAUCGACCAUUAGCAUCGACACGACAGCAUUCCCACCACUUGUCGGCGCCAUGGUUGAGGCCUCGCGCUACAUGGGCAAGAUUAUUCAGGUUGGUACCGGUAUGCCCGGCGCAACGCUGGAUAUUCCCAUGCAGACCUUCAUGGUGAGCGCCAAACAAUACUUUGGUGCCGUGCAAGGCCACGCCAAGACUGAAGAAUCUGUGCCGCAAAUGAUUGGGUGGUGGAAAGAGGGCAAGUUUCCAGUAGAGAAGUUGGUCAAGAUGUAUGAUGCAGAGGACUUUGCGAGCGCAGUCAAAGCCAUGGAGACGGGCGAAACGAUCAAGCCCAUCAUUACAUGGUAAAGACUACCGAUAGUUAAGCUAGUAAUAGUUAACGAGUUUCAGAACCUCAAUUUCCACAACAUGUUUAAUGAGUAGCGGAUAAAGUCAUGGACUUCUAUAGAAUAAGGCGUGA